GCGGGCUACCUGCGGCGGGCCGCGCUGGCCCGGCGAGGCGCGGCCACUCCGGAGACGCCGCGGGCGCGACCGCAGAGUCUCGCCGAGGCGGGGCGGCGGCAGCAUGAAGGUGAACUUGGGCGUCCUCUCCCUCUUCGUGGCCCUGGUGGGAGUUUCUAGCUUCGUCUUCCUCGUGGUAGCCAUCGCCACGGACUUCUGGUACAUCAUCGAUGCCUCCAAGCUGGAGGAGUCCCGCAACGGCACGGACACGCUCAGCUCGCACUCGGGGCUGUGGCGGACCUGCCGCGUGAGGAGUGAAUGUUACCCUUUGAUAAACCCCUUCUGGCACGAGAAUGCAAACAUCACUGAUGCACACAGACAGCUUUUGUACAUGCAUGGAACAUUUGUCAUCCUGAUGCCCCUCAGCCUGAUAUUGAUGAUUUUUGGAGGAAUGACUGGGUUCAUCAGUAUUCUUGCCAGGGCCUACCUACUGCUUCUCAUGACGGGACUGCUUUUUCUUUUUGGAGCUCUUGUUACACUUACUGGGAUCAGCGUCUAUAUCGCGUAUUCAGCUGCUGCCUUCGAGGAAGCUGUCUGCCUCCUGAGGAGUAAGGAUCUCCUGGUAGAAAUUGACAUCAGGUUUGGCUGGUCCCUGGCCCUAGUCUGGAUCUCCUUUGUGGCAGAAGUGCUCACCGGUGCUGUGUUUCUCCUGGCAGCAAGAGUUGUGGGUCUGAAAAGGCGAUGUGAACAGGCGUUAUGAACAACAGAUCUGUCCUACAGUUUAUAUGAUGCUUUUGAAGUGCCUGUGUCACAUGUGGUAGGUAUUUAUAAGAUAUUUAUGCAGCUACAAUAUAAAAUACUCAAGUGGACAAAUCUAAUUAAGAAGGCCAAUGAAUCUGUUAUUGAAUUUGAGCAAUUCUCAUUUCCAUGGCUUUUCUAAAUUUCUCAUUCUGGCUUCCUGCAAUAUCUGGCACAAUGGUAAUAAAGAGAAUCUUCUGCUCCUGAA